ACAGCCAACCCACCACCACCACCUCAUCAACCCAAAAACUUCAGAAUGGCAACAACACUCAUCACCGGAAACACGACCAGACUGGCAUGGAGGACUGGAAGAACACAACUCAACCAGCUGCUAAACAGGACCAACAAGAGAUUCUACAGGACCACUGAACCCAAACCACCUCAUCUACUCACCCUAGCCGACCUGUCGAUCAGGGAGAUCCAAUCACUAGUCUCCACCGCCAUCAACAUCAAGAAACAGUUCAAGGAUGCUGGUCCACCCAACGGCGAAAACCUACCAGUCAAGAUCGAGCAAAUACUCCAGGGGAAAACGAUCGCCUUGAUCUUCGGCAAACGGAGUACCCGAACGAGGGUCGCCAGCGAAACCGCAACCGCUCUCCUCGGCGGCCAUCCGAUGUUCCUCAGCCCGUCCGAUAUCCAGUUGGGCGUCAACGAGAGUCUCUAUGAUACCUCAAAAGUCGUCAGUAGCAUGGUCGAUGGUAUCAUGGCCAGAGUCGGAGACCAUUCGGAAGUCGAAUUGCUAGCUAAAAACUCUUCCGUCCCAGUCAUCAACGCCCUCUCCUCACUCUACCAUCCCACCCAAAUCCUAGCGGACCUGGUCACGCUCUUAGAGAGCUUCUUCCCGCACUCGCGUUUCCUGAGCUCGCUCAACGGCCUCAACGUCACCUGGAUCGGCGAUGCUAAUAACAUCCUCAACGACAUGAUCGUCACCUAUCCUCGAUUGGGCAUCAACCUCAAGAUCGCCACCCCUCAGGGCUAUUCACUCGACCAACGCGUCCUCGACCGCAUGGAACUCGGCCUUCAAGACCAGAAAAACCUCCUCCCUGAUGGAAAACUCGUCCACGUUCAUGACCCUCUCGCAGCAGUUCAGGAUGCUGACGUGAUCGUCACCGAUACCUGGAUCUCGAUGGGCCAAGAAUCUGAGAUGCAGAAACGAUUACAAGAUUUCAAUGGGUUUCAGAUCACUGAAGAACUAUGCAAAAAGGGAAAGGCCAAAGCUGAUUGGAAAUUCAUGCAUUGUUUGCCUCGGCAUCAAGAGGAAGUUGAUGAUCAGGUCUUCUAUGGUCCCAGAUCACUUGUCUUUCCUGAAGCCGAGAACAGGAAAUGGACUAUCUUGAGUGUCUUUCAAUCUUAUUUUGGAAAUUGGAAAAUUAAAUCAUAAAUGAAAAAAAAUCUAUAAACAUGUUCUGUUUUUUUUUUCUAAACAAAAUGCAUUGGUUAUAAGGAUUGAAAUAUCAAGUGUUUCUUUUAUGAUAAUUGAUAAGAUGCAAUUACUCAAAAAGUAAAUAUAUAUACAUCUAGCAAUACUGCAUGUUACCCUGACCCUAACUGUUUUUUUUUUUUUUUUUCAAUGGAAAAUAAUAUCUGAAAUGAUUUGAGAGUAUACA